CCAGCAGCUGCUGCUGCUGCUGCGGCCCGUGGGUGCUGGAGCUGGAUCCGCUGUCGCCGCCUUCUCCAGAUUCGCGGUCAUGGCAUCCGCGCCCCUGAAAGUGUGCAUCGUGGGCUCCGGAAACUGGGGCUCGGCUGUGGCCAAGAUCAUCGGCAACAACGUCAAGAAGCACCAGAAGUUCUCGCCGCUGGUUAAGAUGUGGGUCUUCGAGGAGACGGUGAACGGCCGGAAGCUGACGGACAUCAUCAAUAACGAUCACGAGAACGUGAAGUACCUCCCCGGACACAAGCUGCCCGAGAACGUGAUCGCGGUCCCGAGCCUCAGUGACGCCGUGGGUGAUGCGGACCUGCUGGUGUUCGUGAUCCCACACCAGUUCAUCCACCGGAUCUGUGACGAGAUCACAGGGCAGGUGCCCAAGCGGGCGCUGGGCAUCACCCUCAUCAAGGGCAUCGAUGAGGGCCCCGACGGGCUGAGGCUCAUCUCGGACAUCAUCCGGGAGAAGAUGGGCAUCGACAUCAGCGUGCUGAUGGGCGCCAACAUUGCCAAUGAGGUGGCUGCGGAGAAGUUCUGCGAGACCACCAUCGGCAGCAAGGUCCUGGAGAAUGGGCUUCUCUUCAAGGAACUCCUCCAGACCCCAAAUUUCCGCAUCACCGUCGUGGAUGACGCUGACACUGUCGAGCUGUGUGGUGCGCUCAAGAAUAUUGUGGCGGUGGGGGCCGGCUUCUGUGAUGGGCUGCACUGCGGGGACAACACCAAGGCCGCUGUCAUCCGCCUGGGGCUCAUGGAGAUGAUCUCCUUCGCCCGCAUCUUCUGCAAGGGCCAGGUGUCCACGGCCACCUUCCUGGAGAGCUGCGGCGUGGCUGACCUCAUCACCACGUGCUAUGGGGGCCGUAACCGCAGAGUGGCCGAAGCAUUCGUCAAGACCGGAAAGACCAUCGAAGAGCUGGAGCAGGACAUGUUGAAUGGGCAGAAGCUGCAGGGCCCCCAGACGUCAGCAGAGGUGCACCGCAUCCUCCAGCAGAAGGGCCUCCUGGACAAGUUUCCCCUCUUUACGGCUGUCUAUCAAAUCUGCUACGAAGGGCGGCCGGUGCAGGAGAUGCUCUCGUGCCUCCAGAGCCACCCGGAGCACAUCUAAGGGGCGAUGGCGGGUGCCCCCGGCGUGGGCAGGAUGGUGGAUCCGGAAGCUCCUGGCCUGGUUCCUCUCUGGACGUGCCCGGGGGCCAGGUUUCUCCAGGGUCCUUUUCUAGCCCAGCCGGGGAGGGGAUGCACGGACAGACACACGGACGGACGGCCUGGUGCAGGGGGAUGGGCGCACUCGCUGCACUGGCCGCCUUGUGGGUGUCUGAGACGCCUUCAAGCAAGUGUUGCACAGCUCAACCUAUGUGACGUGCGUGUGCGUGUUUGUCCUUAUGUGUGUGUUGUGUGUGUGCAUGCGUGUGCGUGUUUGUCCCAUGUGCGUGCAUGCGUGUGUGCCUCCAGACCCCAGCAAGGCUUCGGGGUUCCUCUCUGGGAAGGAGCCCCGGGUGACGGUCGGGACGUUGGGACUCUUUGUGCUCCUUUGUUUUUAAACUGGACUCCAUCACACUGGCCUUUGAGGGAGUUUGUAACCAGCAUUGUGGUGGGGGAAAAGGGGGGCAGAAGCAGCGGCAAACACCCCCCCCCCUUGCCCAGAGCCUCCCCCCCAGCUCACGGCCCAGCCAGCCACGUUUUUAAUGCGGCGCCCGCUGCAUCGCCGUGUUUGUGCCCCACCUGCGUUCCCCAGCUGCCAUGUUGCUCUCUUGGCAGUCCAGCAGGCCUCCCUCCUGCCUCUUGGGUGAUCCUCGCAGACUGAGCAUUCUAAGAAUGGCUGAAAACCACCCGCCUCCCCCUCCCUCCUGGGUUCUAUGCGUGCCCAAGGCCUUCCCGCUCUGUGUUGUUGCCCAAUAAAGCGCUUGGUGUGAAUCGCGUCUGCGCCCCGUGCCUGCCACAGCCCCCACCUCGGCCUUCACUGCUGCCCCCUCUGGGCCGCGUCUCCUCCCCAGCUGGCGCAGCACUAGAGCCUCUGCCCUGUUUGCAAAGCUGUGAAAACACAGCAGGCGCCAUGUUUAGCGGGGAUGAAGGUGGAAGGAGAAGCCAGGCCUGCAGCCCCGGCCUGCGUGGCCUCCACGGUUCUCCGCAGAUGAUCCAGCUGUGGCAGGCUCAGAGGCUCUGACGAGGUGGCUGUCACCGUCCGUCUCUUCCUUAGCUUGGGCCCUCUGACAGAGGGAGAAAGGGCAAGGAGAAAGUUGGAAAAAGCCCCAGGGCCUGCCUUGGACCCGGCCCGUGGCCUCCAUUGGAGCGGCCUCUUCUCCAAGUGGGGCCCUGACUGGCUCUUGGCUCCUGGCAGCCUUGAAUCUGCUCCUGUGCCCUCCUCGUUAGUCUCCGCUGAACCUCCCACCGAUUCUUUACAAGGCGUUAAGAUGACCGGAAGCCGAUGGUGCCCAGGAGAAAUGGGCCUCCUAAAGCGCACAUGAGAGACUCUGUGUGAUUUUUUUUCUUUCUGGGACUCUAAAGGGAAGGGAUUCAGCUGGACACCCGGUCCGUUUCUUUCACCCACCCUUUACUUAGCCCUUUAUUUAGACACAUGAGAAGGGCCCGCUCAGUCACUUUCUGAGACAUUUGCUCUUUACUUUUGCUGAAAAUGAUUGUAGAUGAAUGUUUUAUGGGAUUUUUAAAAAAUCCCACCCCAAAACCACUGGGCAUUUUAGAAUCAGAACUACAGACACCUGUGAGAAGCACACGAAAUGCCCCAAAUUGGACCCAUUUUUAGGCUACUUAUUCUCUUCAUUGACUUUGUGCCACUUGACUGGUGGGAAGCCUUUUAAAAGUUUGUAUAUUCAUGAACAGAGUUGCAUUUUAAGAUCCCUAAAGGGCUGUCCACUAGUGGGGGACUCCUGGGUAGCUUCAUGGUGGGGGGCGCUUGGAGUUUUGUGGAUUCCCCUCUGUAUAUUCUCUCUUUCUCUGGAUUUUAUACUUGCGUGGUUGGGGUUUUUUUGUUUUUGUUUUUCCCUUUUGACAGGCCCUGGUACCACUGUCUCUAAAUAAAGUCCAUUUAUUCAGUCUUAGACAUACACAACAACCACACAUUAUGGGAAAGGGCAGAUUUUUAAAAAAGUUGCACUCUGGGGAUUCUAUUUAUUAUUCCACUGGUGAUAUCCAUCUGCUGAUCACCUGUGACCUUUGGUUUGAUGCUGAUUUGGAUUAACGCUUCCUACUGAUGGCGGUAACUGGGGGAUGUCUAUUUGUGCAUGGCCCACAGCAGCAUGGAAUCGGCAUCUUCCUCAGAUUUCUCAUCCAAGAGAGUGGAAUGAAAGAAGGACCUUGUGAAUGUCAUGGUCCAUUGGGUGGACUCAUUGGGGGAAUGGGGAAAGGAGAUGGUGCUCCUAGUGAGGUGCCCAUGGACAAAAAGAAUGUUUUCUGGCGCUAGACUUAACUAUUGAUUUAUUUUCACGUGGACUGUAUUCGUUUACGUAUCAUAGAUGGGCAUAUAAUAAAAAGCUUGGUACAAUAAACAUUUUAUCCCCAAA